GCCACAGCUCAGUCUCCGGGCACUUGCGAACGAGAUCGGACGUGGAAAAUUCGGCGCGGAAAAUUCUUGUCAGUGGUUGUAGCUUCUUUGUGGGGUGGAGAAAGUAGAGUGGGGGAGAAGAUCUCUGAACCUUUUGUUCUGUGCUGGGGAUGCUGGGAAUCUUCCCGGAACCGGUUUCCCUUUUAACCCCCAAUGGAUUAAUUGGCCAGUUCUAAGGGAGAAUCAGCAGUGAGUGAAGUUCUGGGGUUCAGACGGUGAUAGACGACAAGGUCGGUGAUCUUGAACGUGUUUUGGGUAAAGAGAAGAUUCGAUGGAGCAACGUGGUGGUUAUUGACGGUGUUGGUGGAGGAGAGUGGUGAAACAGGAAGAAACAAUAAACCAACCCAGUAAGUGUUUGUGAGAUAAAUCAUUUUGACCGCGAGCGUUCGUGGCGAUUUUUGAGAGGGUGAGUGUUUUACGGAAGAAGCUCUUCAAAGAAGAAAUUUCGGAACGAGUACUUUCGGCGUUGGAAAUUCCAGCACGUUCGAAAGUGUGGCAAGUUGAAGAAUAAGGUGAAAGAAGAAAUCUAACGAAAAUUACUCACUCGUGAGCUGGUGAAAGUAGCCGCUGAUAGCCGGAAGCCCGAAGUGGAGUUGAGAAUUAGUGACGACCGUUAAAAAAAAAGAGUAAGUGUGAGCAAACGAGUGCUGAAAAAGGGAAGAAAGUUUCUUUUAUUUUCCAGCGUUCAAAUUUCGCUUCAAUUGAAAUCGCUUUGAAAAGGAUUCUGUGUGGAAAGUAGAUCAGGAAAGCAGUGAAGCUGAUAGCACUGGGUUUAGACGAGCUCAAAAUGUUGUAAAGUGGAUGCUGUGUUGGGAUGUUUGAAGAAGAAGUUGAAGCGAGAAGUUUAUGAUAUAUCAGUUUUAUUGAUGCAUUGCACACGGCAGACGUCGAGAGGCAGUAAAAACCGAAGGGAUUGAAUUAUUCAGGCUGUACGUUUUGUUCGAGCAGAAGGGAAGGAUGAUGAACGAUGUGAAUUGGGUUUGAAUUGGCUUUUGAAAGCUCAAUAACAAAAUUCUGGAUUUGCAUUUUGGGAGGUUCUUAUGCAAAGUUACAGCGCCGAACCGGAACUAACGACAUCGAAUCCUAGCUGCUGGCAGCACUGACAAGUGGGAGCAACAAGAGUAGUAGUAGCAGUAGGCGCUGACAUCCCCGCCAUCGGGACUGGAGGCGAUACGGCGGCAGUCGCGGUCCAUAGCGGCACGCCGCGGACGGAAGGUCAAGUUCUCCGAAUGGGCGGAUCAGCACGAAAAUGACGCACCGGAUGAAGAAUUGAUUACUCUUGCUUAGCUAUAAAAACCCAAAACUGACACACUCUAAAGUUAACAAACACUACAAUUUGACUCGCAAUCAAACACACGUACACGUACAAGCAACCAAACACAAAAGACCAUUCCAAGUGUAAAUAAAAAUCGUAGAAAAGAAAAAUUUAAGUGCAAAACAAAAGCUCCAAUCUAAGCAGGCCACGGGACACGAGCAACGUGUUUGUAAAUAGACAGCGAGACGACAACGAGCGUGUGACGUUUCUGUCUCUAUUGUGUUUGUGUCGUCGCCGCCUACUGCUAUUGCUCUACAACACUACAAAAGCAAAAAUCGUGUUGGUGGUGGUGGUGUUAUGCGACAAAGGUGUUGUCCCAACUCAAACUAGGUUCGCAUCCUCUCGAUGUUGAACCCAAGCUGUGAAUGGUACCGAGAGUGGUGAGGAGGAAAAUGUGGGGCAAAACAACCCGAUGGAAAGCACAACACUAAAAAGUAAACUGUUUGUCAAAAAUGAGAAGGCGGCAACGCGCCGAACGUCGGAGGGUAUGACGCUGCGGGCACGUGGCGGGGACGACUCCUCGGAACCAACGACAACGACGACCGGGGGUGGAGGUGGUGGUGCUGGAACCGGUCCUGGUCCCGGAGGUGGCGGCGGGGAUCUCAACAAAAAGGACACCAAGAUAGAAAUCCCGCUGCCACCGUACAUGCAGCCAUCGUCGACGGGCGAGAAAUUUGCCGAUAAACGAGUUAAGAGACACAGCAUCCACGGCAUGAUGGAGGAGGAAAACGUGGUCCGACCACACCAGGAGAUUGCGGCCCUCUCGCUGGAGGAGAAGAAGUACCUGCUGGCGGUGGAGCGGGGCGAUGUGGCCAGCACGAGGCGAAUCCUGGAGAAGGCCGAAGCGGAGGGUCACAUCAACAUCAACUGCGUCGAUCCGCUCGGCCGGUCCGCCCUGCUGAUGGCCAUCGAUAACGAGAACCUGGAGAUGGUGGAGCUGCUCAUCAAUCACCGGAUGGACACGAAGGACGCCCUGCUGCACGCCAUCUCCGAGGAGUUUGUCGAGGCCGUCGAGGUGCUGCUGGACCACGAGGACAGCAGCCACAAGAACGGGGACCCACACAGCUGGGAGGCACUUCCGCCGGAUACGGCCACCUUCACGCCGGACAUUACGCCGCUGAUACUGGCCGCCCACCGGGACAAUUACGAGAUCAUCAAAAUUUUGCUCGACCGGGGGGCCACGUUGCCGAUGCCGCACGAUGUGAGGUGCGGCUGCGACGACUGUGUCACGUCCCGGCAGGAGGACUCCCUGCGGCACUCACGGUCCCGUAUCAAUGCAUAUCGCGCCCUGGCCAGCCCCUCGCUGGUGGCCUUAUCUUCCAAGGAUCCGAUCCUGACGGCGUUCGAGCUGAGCUGGGAGCUGCGGCGGUUGAGCUUCCUCGAGCACGAGUUCAAGAACGAAUACCAGGAACUGCGGCGACAGUGUCAGGACUUUGCGACGGCCCUGCUGGACCACACGCGGUCAUCGCACGAGCUCGAGGUGCUGCUGAACCACGAUCCCACCGGGCCGGCCUUCGAGCACGGUGACCGCAUGCAUCUGAACCGGUUGAAGCUGGCCGUCAAGCUGAGACAGAAGAAGUUUGUAUCCCAUCCCAACGUGCAGCAACUGCUGGCCAGUAUCUGGUACGAGGGACUCCCGGGCUUCCGGCGGAAAAACAUGGCCCUGCAAGCGCUGGAAAUAGUGCGAAUAGGUAUCCUUUUCCCGGUGUUUUCGUUUUCGUACAUCCUCGCGCCACACUCGCCGAUCGGGCAGACGAUGAGGAAACCUUUUAUCAAAUUUAUUUGCCACAGUGCGUCGUAUUUUACCUUUUUAUUUUUGCUGAUGUUGGCCUCGCAGCGCAUCGAAACGGUAAUCGGGGGCGUUUGGGGAGUUAGCGAGGUUAGCGAACACGACGAAGUGCCUACAAAAAGGGGGGCGAGCCCCACGUUGAUCGAGUGGCUCAUUCUGGCCUGGGUUAGCGGACUGAUUUGGAGCGAAGUGAAGCAGCUUUGGGACGUCGGGCUGCAGGAGUACGUGAACGACAUGUGGAAUGUGAUAGAUUUCGUGACCAACUCGCUGUACGUCGCCACCGUCGCACUCCGCGUGGUGUCCUACUUUGAGGUCCAAAAGGAGAUGGCGGUGAACAAGUUUGCGGCGGAUUUGCCACGUGAAAAGUGGGACACGUGGGAUCCGAUGCUGAUCUCGGAGGGCCUCUUCAGUGCGGCCAACAUAUUUAGCUCGCUCAAGCUGGUGUACAUAUUUUCGGUGAACCCCCAUCUGGGGCCGCUGCAGGUGUCCCUCUCGCGGAUGGUCAUGGACAUCAUGAAGUUCUUCUUCCUGUACGUGCUGGUGCUGUUUGCGUUCAGCAGUGGUCUCAAUCAGCUGCUGUGGUACUACGCCGACCUGGAGAAGAAGCGCUGUCCGGACGUUACGACAUUCUCCUCGAACACGACCUCAACGGAUCCGAACGCGUGCGUUGUGUGGCGAAGAUUUGCCAACCUCUUCGAAACGAUCCAAACCCUGUUCUGGGCCGUGUUCGGACUGGUCGACCUGGAGAACUUCGAGCUGGACGGGAUCAAAAUUUUCACGCGCUUCUGGGGCAUGCUGAUGUUCGGCACGUACUCUGUGAUCAACAUCGUGGUGCUGCUGAACUUGCUGAUUGCGAUGAUGAAUCACUCGUACCAGCUGAUUUCGGAACGCGCCGACGUCGAGUGGAAGUUUGCCCGGUCUAAGCUGUGGAUCAGCUACUUCGAGGAGGGCGGCACGUGUCCACCGCCGUUCAACAUCAUCCCGACGCCCAAGUCGAUCCUGUACGUCUUCCAGUGGGUCAAGCGAAAGUUCUGCGGUCACUCCAAGGCCGUCAAGAAGGAGCACAUGAAGACGAUUCGAAAGGUAAAGCAGGCCAGCGAGCGGGACUUCCGGUACCAGAGCAUCAUGCGGAACCUGGUGCGGCGGUACGUGACCGUGGAGCAGCGCAAGGCCGAAUCCCAGGGCGUCACCGAGGACGACGUCAACGAGAUCAAGCAGGACAUUUCGGCGUUUCGGUGUGAACUGGUCGAGAUUCUGAAGAACAGCGGCAUGAACACAACGAGCGCCACCGGUUCCGGCGGCGGAGUCGGUGGCAAGAAGAACCGCCAGAAGGAGCGGCGCCUGAUGAAGGGCUUCAACAUUGCUCCACCACCGGCGCCGGAAGCCGGUCAGCAUCUGACUCCGGUGUCCGAGUUUAACCCCCAACUUCCGGAAAAUUCUUCCCAAGAGCUGUUUGCGGGGGUUUUUGGGCCCGGACUGACCCCCAAGAAGGCCCUCCAUCAGGUCAAUCCAAUGCACCAGUAUUCGUCGCAGUCGCAGAGUUCGUUCGGCGAUAACAAUAACCCCAUGCACAAGCUGUCCAAGCUUGCGCCGAAGUUUCACUCCAAGAGGCAGGGAUCGCAUAAGAGGCGAUGGGGAACCCUCAUCGAGGCAGCUAAGCACGGUAGCGUGUCCCGCUUCAUCGGACGAUCCCGAUCGGAAGACUCCGUGUGCGGCGGUGGCGGAGGCCACCGGGGUGAAUCCGGUACCCACAGUAACAGCCCGGCCUCGGAUGAAGCCAUCACCGAGUCUCCGUCCGAUUCGAAUCCAAGCUUGGACCGGCCGGACGUGGACCCGUCACCGGAUCCUCAUAAAUCCCAUCACCACCAUCAUCAUCAUCACGGGCACCACGGUGGGAGUGACCGGACUCAUGGAGGAGGUGGAAGUAAUUCCAAGUCGAAAGAUUCUCACCAUCACUAUCAUCUGCACUUUGGGGCGCUGGCUGCUCUGAAGCGGAAGAGGAAAAAGUUUUCUAAUAGUCGGAAUAGCAGUCCGGUGUUGGAUCCACCUUGUGAGGUGGCCACAGUGGCCGCAAACAAUUCCGCUAGUAGUAAGGUUCUGAAGCGUGCUUCCAGUGUUCCGUCGCGGGGUACCUGCGAGGACGGCACGACAUGCUGCGGUGCUGACGGUGUCAUCGAGGAAUGUUCCGCCGAACAGGCGCAGCAGCCGCAAAGCAAACAAAACAACAGUGGUUCCAACGGCGCCGGCGCCCGUCGCCACGAACAGACCCAAAGUCAGCAAAACUCACUCGAGCGACAGCUCGAACCACCCCCGCUUACUCCGUCCACGACCGAGGAGAGCGUGGACAAUCCGGCCCACGCCCGGAUCAGCUCGACGGAACCGCUGCUCCGGAUAGGGCCGGGCCGGGCUGCGACGGUCGACGAACUUGCGGUGGCCACCGCCGGAGGGCGAACUGGUGGUGGCACCCGGAGUGGUACCGACCGUCAGCAGUCCGCAUCCUGCCGAAUCCCCGGCGUCACUCCGGUCCGCGGACACUUCCAGUCCCAGGGAUGGUUAUAGGGGAGGUGGUUGUGGUGCAGCGCCGCCGUGCGUCAUCUGUACAUAAGGUUCGGAUCCACCCUAGUCAUCUAAUAGUAGUAGACGUAGUAACAGAAAUAAGAGUCUCACGUGUAAUCUAAGUAGGCGCGACAAUUUUAAACUGCCAUCAGGAAAAGAAACAGGACACACCCGCUAAUCAACCUACCACUCAAACUCACUCACUCACCUACACUAACUCACUCUAUUCGAAUCGGAUGUAAACACUUGUUGAAAGCAAAAUUCUAAACCAAUUGGUGACACACCUCGAACCCAAAACUAAACAAAAAACGUUUCGGUUAGUUUUGUACUUUUUUAAAAAGCAAAAUAAAAAUAAUACCAAGGCCUAAUUAAAUCCCUACGAGGAAUGGAAACGUUGGAAAACGCGACUUUAAACUGUAAAUGAUUAGUUUAGAAAGGAAGUUACCUGCACAUAAUAGAAACUUCUGAAAUUUAAAACAAAAUGGGAACUGUGCGCAAAAAACACUUAAUAAAGUCUGGACGCAGGGCUGUCCCCUUAACCGGAAACCCCCCGCUCCUUACGCUCCUAAUGUAAUCCCCUUAAUCGUUAUUGCACCAUACUGUCACCAGAAACCAAAAAAAAAGUCACUCGCUAAAUCACGCAAAAAAAGAAAAACUUGUAGUUUUUAAAAAAAAUAUUAAAUCCAUUGUACACUAACUCACUCAAAGAGCACUCAUGUUGGUAUAAGAGCAAAUUCUAGAGCAAGUUUGGUUGGGCAUGAUAUAUCUCGAAUCAUAACUCUUUUUAAAAAAUGUAAAUUUUUUUCUCUUUUUGUAUUUUUGUUUUUGUAUUUUAUCUCUUUUUUUUUGUUAGCGCUAACAAGGGUUAAAUAUUUAAAUAUAUUUUUAAAAUUUUUGAAUGUUGAAGAACUCAUUAAAAAUGAAAAUUGUUGCUAAAAAACCAAAAAACUGUAGGCUAAUUGGGUGGAAUUUUGAAAAAUAUUCUAUUAUCAAUAUCUUUAUUAUUUAUUGCUGACUUGCCAACACUAUUUUAUUAAUCAAGUUUUCUUAAUUUUUGGUGUGAUCUUCACUAUUU